AUGGGUAUUGAAGGAGUGAUUCGGCCACCGCCAGAGAUCCGUGCUGUGGCGGACAAGACGGCGUCGUAUGUGGCGAAGAAUGGUCGAGCCUUUGAAGCGAGGAUUCUAGGAUCGGGUAAGGGCAAAACACCCAAGUUUGCUUUCUUGCAGCCCACGUCUCCCUUUCAUGCGUAUUACGAAGACCGUAUUCGAUUUUAUGAAAGUGGAGGCGAAGAUAAGAAAGAAGAAGAGCCUGACGCGUCCAAGGAAAAGACGGAUGGAGCUUCUGUCAAGAAGGAAUCAGACAAGAAAAAGCAAUCAGCAAAGGAAGCCGAAAAGGAAGAAAAAAAGAAAGGAGAAAAGAGUGGAAAAUCCAGCGCGGCCAUCGAUCCAGUAGCAAAGGCGUUGCUGACCCAACGAGGAAGGAUCGCUCAAGCUCGAGCUGGUUUUGAAAAGGAUAACGGCAAAGAAGCUGCAGAGCAACCACCGCCAGAACAACAGGAAGAAGGUGUGCCACCCCCGCCACCACCACCGAGAAAACAACAAUUCAUUGCGGCGGCACCACCAGCGCUAGAAUUAGUCAAUAUUGUGGCUCCGGCUUCGUUGACGCUGGCUCAAGUGGAAAUCAUUCAAUUGGUAGCUCAGUUCACGGCCAUGGAUGGCAAGGGAGGUCCAUUCUUUAUGGCAUUAUCACAUCGCGAAUGGGCCAAUCCAGCCUUUGGAUUUUGUCAACCACGACAUGGACACUUUGCUUAUUUCAGUGCUCUAGUCGAUGCCUACCGUCGCAUCUUUGAUACCUGGAGCGCUUCGAAUCAAGACAGUGGCGUCAUUCACGAAAAGGCUGGAAACGUUGACAAAUGUCUGGAAGCGGCUGCCUAUCGGGUUGCCUACGAACACGACUUGGAAGAACAAACCAGAAAACAACAAGCCGAAGAUGGAGAAAUGCCGUCCGAUUCGGCGCUGAUUGACUGGCAUGAUUUUGUUGUGGUAGAGACUAUCGACUUUCCCGCAGAUGAACAGGUUCACAUGGCGAUGCUUCCACCGCCGCCUCCACCCAAGGUUACCACCACUGUGGCGACACCCGCUGGGCCUGCUGCAAAGGAGGAUACCAUGGAUGAAUCCGAUGACGAAGACGGCGGAGAAACCAUUCGAGUUGUUCCCACGUACACGCCCAAAGUCGUCUCGGCACAGGCAUCCAACCCCAUGCAGGAGGUUAUUGAUCCGAUUACUGGAAAGAGUAUCCCCGUAAAGGACAUGCCGGAGCAUAUGCGCAUUCAGUUGCUCGAUCCCAAGUGGGCCGAAGAACGCAAAAAGUUCCAGGAGAAACAAAAGGACAGCAAUCUGGUCAGUGGAGAUGUCAUUGCGAGUAACAUUUCACGCUUCACCAGAGACGCGUAUGGCAAAUCGGAACACGACAUUUUGAGCGGCGAGACGGAUGCCAAGAAGAGGCUGGACGAAGCCAACCGAAUCAUUCGAGAACAGUCGCAGCGUGGCGUAGGACCAUCUCUGCCUCAACCUGUACAACCAACAAUGAACGCUGCUCCCAUGCCACCACCACCUCCUCCACCGCCGCCGAAACACCCGUUGGAACAACCAAUGGAACCAGACGCAAAGCGACAACGAUUGGAUGGUGCGGUAGAUCCUGCCGCGGCAGUUCCUGGAGGGUUACCCAUGCAGGCACCACUCCCUCCUCCUCCUUCCGGGGUUCCACCGCCACCACCACUACAAGCACCACCGGAGCAUCCUGCUGCUGAUCCAAUGGCUCCGCUGCCAGACACCCCCAAGAAUGGUGAACUUUUGCCUGCGGACGAAUUCGUAAAGACUCUCAACAAACCGGAAGUAACGCUGCAAGUUCGGAUUCCCAAUGACCGGUCCCAAAUGGCGUGGAAUUUUUACGGCCAGAUCGUGUCGCUUUCGGUGGAUGUCAUGUCCAAGGUGAAGGUUGUAAAACAAGAGCUCUCACGGGCGCAUUUGAAUGGCAUGCCCGCCAACAAGAUUCAAUUGAAGACUUCCACGGGUUUCUUGAAGGACAGUACAACUUUGGCUCAGCUGAACAUUGGGCCUACCGCAACCGUGGAGAUGAUUCCAAAAACAAGAGGGGGCAGAAAGUAA